UCUCUCUGUGACUCUAGUCAAAAAGAGUAGAGAGGGACAAUGGAUGAUGCAGCUGAGUGAAAAGAUCUGGCCCUGUGACAAAGGACAUCACACCGCACCUCUGCCUUUCUCCUCACUGGGCAACGGCUCCUUUCAACCGCUCAGAGGGAGUAGAAUAGUGACUGCCUAACCCCCCCCCCCCCCCCUUUAUUCUCACACACACUUCAACUGACUUCAGGAACGGAUAGGAGGGAAAGAAAAUGAGAGGUGUGUUUUAGAGUGCAAUGCAGAGCAAAACUGGAUAGGCUGUGGGAGUGAAAGAGGGAGGGAGGGUGAGAGAGAGAGGGAAGUUACAGUACUCUGUUAGUGCUCUAUACCAUUCCCUCCCUGACCUGAAGAACUGAAAGAAGAGAGUGAGACAGGGAGAGAGAGAGAGAGAGAGAGCAGAGCUUGAGAUGGCUCUUGGCACCACUCAGUAGCAGACACCACAAGUGGGCCACACAAGCUAGAAGAUACUAGUGGAUAUUUGACUCCUUCUGUGCCUUUUUCUUGGAUUACUCGGUGUUGCGACUAAUUGCUUCAACCUGGGGGACAACACAACAGCAGGUAGAAGAUGAGGUCCAAAAGCAGCAGGGUGGAGAGCCCGGCCAAUGGGGUGCUUGGGGUUCCACAGGACAACCAUGACAUCAGCCAAGAGCAGGAAGUGGGUUUGCCCGUGAAGAGCCUGAAGGCCAAAGUUCAGCAGAAUGAAGGUGAGGAUAAGCUGGAGGUCGAGGUGAUCACUGACAAAGAGAAGCUACUGUUGGAUGCUCCUGAAGCUGGAGAAAAAAGAAGGGAAGUCAUGGAUCUGUCCAAAGAGGAUCUACUGAAACUGCUGGGGAUCAUGGAAGGAGAGGUUCAGGCCAGAGAGGAUGUUAUCUGCAUGCUGAAGUGCAAACAGGCCGCCCCGGAGGCCCUCGAAUCACGUUACGGCUCUGCGGCCCCCAGCUCGGCCCUCCAGGCCCUGCAGAGAGAUGGCUUCGUCACUGGCACUGAACCGCACAACCACAGCGUCUACCAAAAACCUAUGGCUGAGCUGGAGCGUCUGCAGGAGAAGCACAAAGAGACGUACCGGCGGAUGCUGGGUCAGCUGCUGCUCGCCGAAAAGUGCCAUCGCCGCACUGUCCAUGAGCUGGACACGGAGAAACGCAAACAUGUGGACUACAUGAACAAGAGCGACGACUUCACCAACCUCUUGGAGCAGGAGAGAGAAAGACUGAAGAGAUUGCUUGAGAACGAAAAAGCCUACCAGGUAAGAAAGGAGAAGGAGCACUCUAAACGUCUGGUCAAGGUGCGAGAGGAACUGGUCAAGCUGAAGUCCUUUGCCCUGAUGUUAGUGAAUGAGCGCCAGCAGCACCUGGAGCAAAUGGACCAACAGAGCCAGAGGGUGCAGGAACUCAGCCAGCAGCUGCAACAGCGGGAACAGGCACUGAGUGAAGCCAGGGAGCGUGCUCAGGAGGAUGGCCACAGGGUACUGAGCCUGGAGACUGAGCUUAAAGAGAAAUCUGCCAAGCUCACCCAACAACAUGAGGAGAUGAAUGCCAAGCUGGCCAGUCAGGAGCUCCACAACCGUCAACUCAAUGCCAAACUUCUGGGGCUUACGCAUAAAGUAGAGGAGUUAGAGGAGAGCAACAAAGCUUUGAGGAAAUCUGAGGAGGAACUACAGGAGCUCAGGGAAAAGAUUGGCAAAGGGGAGUGUGGCAACUCUAACUUGAUUGCUGAGUUGGAGAACUUGCGGAAACGGGUGCUAGAGAUGGAGGGAAAGGAUGAGGAGAUUACCAAGACUGAAAAUCAGUGUAAGGAGCUAAGAAAGAGGCUACAAGAGGAGGAUAGUAAAAGUAAAGACCUCAGGCUUGAAGUGGAGAAGCUCCAGAAAAGAAUGAUGGAGUUAGAGAAACUUGAGGGUGCAUUCAGCAUCAGCAAGUCUGAGUGUGCACAGUUACAAACUGCUUUAGAGAAAGAGAAGGGCCUGACCAAAGAGCUCUCAGAUGAAGUCGUAGCUCUCAGGAUCCGUAUGAAAGAGCUUGAGUCUUCUGAACUCAAGCUGGAAAAGUCUGAGUUGAGCCUUAAAGAUGACCUGAGCAAGCUGAAGUCAUUGACGGUUGCUUUGAUGGAAGAACGAAAGACCCUGAUGGAAAGAAUGAAGUCAGAUGAGAAGAAAAAGGAGGAUUUGAGUGCAAUGGUCAAGGCUGAGCAGGGUAAGGUUAUGGAGGUGACUGAGAAACUGAUAGAAGAAAGCAAAAAGCUUCUCAAGUUGAAAUCAGAGAUGGAAACCAAAGUAGAAACUCUAACCAUAGAAAAUGGGGAGCUAAGCACUAAGCUAGCUUAUGAAACUGAUAAAUCUAAGGAUCUUAAUUCUAAAGUCUGCCAAAUGAAAAAGACGUUAGAUGGGUUUGAGCAAGCAGAAAAGCUCUCAGUGAAGAAUUCAGUGAAAUGUGAACUGGGAAGAACACCUGACCCUGUAAGAAAGGAAGAUAACAAAGUUAAGGAACUGACCUUUGAAAUUGAACGCCUAAAAAAUCGUCUUAAACAACUUGAAGUGGUAGAGGGAGACUUGAUCAAGACAGAGGAUCAGUAUGACAUGUUGGAGAAAAGGUUCAUGACUGAACAAGACAAAGCCAACAUUCUUUCCCAGCAGGUGGAGGAAAUGAGGAAUCAGAUAGCGCGGAACAAAGCAAUUGAGAAGGGAGAGGAGGAAAGCCAGGAAGAAGACCUCCGACAGCAAUGCAAGAGAGAAGAGGCCAAAACCAGGGAACUGCAGGCUGAUGUGGUGGCCCUCAAAGAGAAGAUCCAUGAACUGAUGCACAAGGAAGAUCAGCUUUCUCAGCUGCAAGUGGACUACUCUGUCCUGCAACAGAGGUUCUUGGAAGAGGAAGAGAAAGCAAAGAACAUGGGCACUGAAGUUUUCCAUCUCACCAAAGAGCUGGAGAUAGCAAAACGCCAUAGUCGAGCAUUAAGACCCAGCUUGAAUGGGAGGAGAAUGGUGGACGUUGCUGUGACAUCCACUGGAGUACAGACAGAGGCUUUGUCCACUGGGCCAGCGGAGGAGGAUACCCCAGCUGUGUUUAUCAGAAAGUCUGUUCAAGAAGAAAAUCACAUCAUGAACAACCUCAGACAGAAGUGCUUGAGGAAGCCAACAGAAAAAACUGCUGCUAUUGAGCGCUCUCCAUCAUCUAGCAGCGACCUAGGCAUGAAGAAAUCCUGGAUUCCUUGGAUGAGGAAAAAGGACAACACCCCUCAAGAGACCAGCUUGGAAAAGCCUCUGCACAUCAAUGGAGGUCAUUUGCCCUCUGAACUGACCAUGUCCCCAAAGCAAGGGCAGCCUUUACACAUCCGAGUAACACCAGACCAUCAAAACAACAUAGCCACUCUUGAGAUCAGCAGCCCUACUAGUGAGGACGUUUUCUCAAGCUCAGCUCCCCUCAGUCCCAACCCAGCUCAACCUAAAUCCAGAAUCACAAUCAUUCCCACCUACUCUGGCCCCACCCCCAGGAGAAAGCCCACCACUGGACCUCAGGGCCCUGAAAGAGCCAAGUCUCCAGUCACCAUCACAACUAUAUCCAGAGCCAAGUCUCCAGAAAGCAGCCGAGCUUCCUCCACUGCCUCAGGUAGGCCCUUGUCCCCUGUCUCUAUUAUGACAGUCAGCACUUCUGUAGUGCCCGAAGCAUCUGCAUCCCCAGAACCUCAGGAGAUGACCAUGGGCCGAGCUGUGUUCAAGGUUACCCCGGAAAAGCAGAUGGUCCCAGUGCCUAUACGAAAGGGCCACAACAACACCAGCAUCAUCACCACCACUGAAGACAAUAAAAUCCAUAUUCAUCUGGGCAACAGCAUCACCCCAAAGAUGGUAGUUAGGCCUGUGGCUGCUGUAACAGAGACCAAGGAAAUGACCUUGUCAACUGGGACAGUUUUGCGCUCUCCCCGCCAAAUCACCACCACUGCUACCAAGAGCACACAAAGCAAAGUGAUGAGCAGCAUCACCAUUUCCCCUGUUGCAUCCACCACGUCCAGACCGACACAAAGCAUGACUGGGCAUGAUGCCCAGCCACCUCGCACAGGACUGACCCGCAUCCCAAUGUCCAAGAGCCUGAAGACUGGGAAAGCUGUGCUGGGAUCCCUGGGGAUCUCGGGUGGAGUGAAGCUGGAGUCACGAGCUGAGACUCAGUCUAUGAGGAUAGAAGUUAAGAAAUCCACUGUGAAUAGCAAUACUUUACAAAAUGGAGGAAAAGCCUGAUUUACAUAAUAGUACCAAAAUAUUGAAAUUGGAUAAGACAUCACCCACAAUAAGAAAAAAAAACAAACAAACUCUGAAGUCUCUAUACAACUCAGCUAGACAUUACAAGGCACAGAUGCAUUUUCUGUAAUUAAGUAAGCCAUUCAUUUUUCAUUAUUGUAAAGUAUUUUGUACUUAUCUGUCUCAUCUAUCUCUGUCAUAUAGGUGGAAUCAUAUUCACAGUGUGUAUUGUGAUGGGCAUUUGGGUUAAAUAUCAUAUCAGACUGUGCUGCUACUAACUGCUUCUUGCUUUGAGUGGCUGUCUCACAUAUAUGAGUUUGAUGAUCUAUUUUUUAUGGACACAUUAUAGGUUAAAAUACUUGUUUUCAUGUAAAUUAUGUUCAUUUUUUGUGAAGGAUUUGUACUUACUGUGUAUUUUAAAUAAAUAUUAUUUGAAAGGG